CGUCCCGCCUCGGAGCCCGCGAAGAGGACCUGGAGGAAGGCGCCGCGGUGGCCGCGGGCGCAGUGCUCCCGGCGCGGCAAGCCAUGAGCAGCGGCUCUGCGGGCGACCCUGCUGUCGCUGACCGCCACUGAGCCCGGCUGGGAGACACCUCGCGGCUCCCCAGUACCCUCCGCAGUCGGCACCCUCGCGCGCAGAGAAACAUGAUUCCAGUGACAGAAUUCCGGCAGUUCUCUGAGCAGCAGCCUGCCUUCCGGGUGCUGAAACCGUGGUGGGAUGUGUUCACCGAUUACCUUUCAGUGGCCAUGCUGAUGAUCGGUGUGUUUGGAUGUACUUUACAGGUCAUGCAAGACAAGAUAAUUUGCCUUCCGAAAAGAGUUCAGCCAUCUCAGAACCACUCUUCCGUUUCAAAUGUCUCUCAGGCAGUGGCUGCAACGACCCCAUUGCCCCCGCCUAAACCGUCUUCAACGAACCCCAUCACUGUGGAGAUGAAAGGACUGAAGACAGAUCUGGACCUCCAGCAGUACAGCUUUAUCAAUCAGAUGUGCUAUGAGCGAGCCCUCCACUGGUAUGCCAAGUACUUCCCUUACCUUGUCCUCAUCCAUACCCUGGUCUUCAUGCUCUGCAGCAACUUUUGGUUCAAAUUCCCUGGCUCCAGCUCCAAAAUAGAACAUUUUAUCUCCAUCCUGGGGAAGUGUUUUGACUCCCCCUGGACCACACGGGCUUUGUCGGAAGUGUCCGGAGAGGACUCGGAAGAGAAGGACAACAGGAAGAACAACCUGAGCAGGUCCAACACCACCCAGUCUGGUCCGGAAGGCAACCUGGUCAACUCUCAGUCCUUAAAGUCAAUCCCUGAGAAGUUCGUGGUGGACAAAACUACUGCAGGGGCUCUGGAUAAGAAGGAAGGGGAGCAAGCGAAGGCCUUAUUUGAGAAGGUGAAGAAGUUCAGGCUGCAUGUAGAAGAAGGUGAUAUACUAUAUGCUAUGUAUGUUCGCCAGACUGUGCUUAAGGUUAUAAAAUUCCUAAUCAUCAUUGCAUACAAUAGUGCCCUGGUUUCCAAGGUCCAGUUUACAGUGGACUGUAAUGUUGACAUUCAGGACAUGACUGGAUAUAAGAACUUCUCUUGCAACCAUACCAUGGCACACUUGUUCUCAAAACUUUCCUUCUGCUACCUGUGCUUUGUAAGUAUCUAUGGACUGACAUGCCUUUAUACCUUAUACUGGCUGUUCUACCGCUCUCUGAGGGAAUACUCUUUUGAGUAUGUCCGGCAGGAGACCGGUAUCGAUGAUAUUCCAGAUGUGAAAAAUGACUUUGCUUUUAUGCUUCAUAUGAUAGAUCAGUAUGACCCUCUGUAUUCCAAGAGAUUUGCAGUGUUCCUCUCUGAAGUGAGUGAAAACAAAUUAAAGCAGCUAAACUUAAAUAACGAGUGGACUCCCGAUAAACUGAGACAGAAGCUCCAGACGAAUGCCCACAACCGGCUAGAGUUGCCUCUCAUCAUGCUCUCUGGCCUUCCAGACACCGUUUUUGAGAUUACAGAGUUGCAGUCUCUAAAGCUUGAGAUCAUUAAGAAUGUAAUGAUACCAGCCACUAUUGCGCAGCUAGACAAUCUCCAAGAGCUCUCUCUACACCAGUGCUCAGUCAAAAUCCACAGCGCAGCACUCUCUUUCCUGAAGGAAAACCUCAAGGUCUUGAGCGUCAAAUUUGACGAUAUGAGAGAGCUGCCCCUCUGGAUGUAUGGACUUCGGAACCUGGAAGAGCUCUACCUGGUUGGCUCUCUGAGUCACGAUAUUUCCAAAAAUGUCACCCUUGAGUCUCUACGGGAUCUCAAAAGCCUUAAAAUUCUCUCUAUCAAAAGCAACGUUUCCAAAAUCCCUCAGGCAGUGGUGGACGUUUCCAGCCACCUUCAGAAGAUGUGCAUCCACAACGACGGCACCAAGCUGGUGAUGCUCAACAACUUAAAGAAGAUGACCAACCUGACGGAGCUGGAGCUGGUCCACUGUGACCUGGAGCGCAUUCCUCACGCUGUGUUCAGCCUGCUCAGCCUCCAGGAAUUGGACCUCAAGGAAAAUAAUCUGAAGUCUAUAGAGGAAAUUGUUAGCUUCCAGCACUUGAGGAAGUUGACAGUGCUAAAAUUGUGGCAUAACAGCAUCACCUACAUCCCAGAGCACAUAAAGAAGCUCACCAGCCUGGAGCGUCUGUCCUUCAGUCACAACAAAAUAGAGGUGCUGCCUUCCCACCUCUUCCUGUGCAACAAAAUCCGAUACUUGGACUUAUCCUACAAUGACAUUCGUUUUAUCCCACCCGAAAUCGGAGUUCUACAAAGUUUACAGUAUUUUUCCAUCACUUGUAAUAAAGUGGAGAUACUUCCAGACGAACUCUACUUCUGCAAGAAACUUAAAACUCUGAAGAUUGGGAAAAACAGCCUAUCAGUACUUUCACCAAAAAUUGGAAAUUUACAGUUUCUUUCCUACUUAGAUGUUAAAGGCAAUCACUUUGAAAUCCUCCCUCCCGAACUGGGCGACUGUCGAGCUCUGAAGAGGGCUGGAUUAGUGGUGGAAGAUGCUCUGUUUGAAACUCUGCCUUCUGAUGUCCGGGAGCAAAUGAAAACAGAAUAACUUAUUUUUGUUUUAAAGUUUGACUGAUACAUGCUUCUACCAAAUACAGUAUACAUAAUUAGGUAGUCUUAAUGCUCUUCCUAUUUUAUGUUUUUUUUCUUUUUACACGAAACAAAAUGUACACAAAGAUUGAGUAAGGAGUAUGUAUUUUUUAAUAAAAAUUUAAUUGUAUUUUUUCAGUAUUAAUAUUUUAAAGUUUUAUUUGUCUUGGAACCUAAUGUACCUAUUAUUGUUUUCUACUGUUUCAAAAAACAGAUGAUUCCAUCUGUUUUUGUUGUUGUUUUCAGUUCAUUCUUGUGAAAGGGAGAGAAUUUUAAGUUGCAUUCUUUUUAGUAUUUUUUUAAAUAGAUGAAGCUGUUUUUGCCAAGGUCAUUCUUAGCUUGUUUACAUCUGUGCAGUUCCUUUUCUUGUCAUUGUUUGUACACAAGGAAUGUGUGCUUGUUAUUUUAAUACCAGCUGCCUUCUCCAUUGGCCAUGCCCUCCAUUGUAUACUGGACAUUCUUUUUUGGAGUUUAAACUCACAUAAGUGCAUUGUCACAGAUUAUUAUUUUAAAAUUUCCCCCCAUCUCCAAGGGAACCCUAAGUUACCUUAUCUCAAAUACCUGUCAAAGUUAUCCUUAGAUGAGGAUUUUUUAAGUGAGUGAAGACAAUAAUCUUCCAUAGUUGGCAUGCGUGAAAUGGUCCUUUAUAAUUUAAUUGAUUUUCAUUUUUAGUAACAUUUAAAAAUAUUUUAAAACUAAAUACAGAGCCCCCCCCCUUUUAAUCUCAAUGUAGCUAUGUAGUACUGGUGAACAACCUUAGAGAAGUUAGAUUUAUUUUCAUUAAAAUAGGUAAUUAAAUUUAAAUAUCAUAGAAUAGAAGCCUGGUUUUUGAGUAAUUUAAUCAUCUUUGAUGUCUUUAUAUGUAGAUAAAUCAGAUGGAAAAAACUUCACUACUAAAGCCCUCUGUGAAAGACCCGGUGCACGCCAGUCCGGCCCAGUGGUUCCUCUGGGCAGCGUGGAAUCUAUUCCAUUUCUGUCUGUUGCACAGAAUAAUCCAUAAAUAUAUAUAUUUAAUCAAUUUCCCUCAAGUCUGCCCUUGCUGUGAAUGCUAGUGAUGCAAGCACAGGAACACUUUCUGCUCUCUUUGGCUUAAAAUAAGUAUCUCAUAGAAUGGUUCUGUUACUUCUUCUAUUUUGGAAAUGUGAACAAAUUGCUAAGUAGCUGUCACUUAGCAAUCAUUUUUGCCAAUGGUCAGUAGAGCUUUUACGUAUCUUUGUUCUUAAAAAUCCAGCACAGUAUGGGUCUCGGGCAGAAUUUUUCAAUAACCGUUGAGCUGUGUGGAACAAGAAAAUGAAAACACAAUCCAUGCCUUCCAUCUGGGAGCAGCACUGCUGAUCAUGGAAUUUUGUGUUCUUUACCAAAUCACACUGACCGUUUUCCAAGCCUAGUCUUCUGCAAGACAGUUUUGUGACAUAACAGUGAGAGAGAGUAGGAAGAUGAUUUGGAGUUUCAAAAUGCCGCCUUUAAAAUUUGCUCUUUGAUCCUGGUGACCACUCAGUGCUAAUCCAAGUCACAUGAAACACAACUGUAGGAGCUCCUCAGCAGGUACACGUACCGCACCCGUGUUCUUAAUGUUAGAUAUAGUACAUCGUGGGGGAAGAACUUGGGAAAGAGAUGCUUUUCACUUACUUAAUAAUCUAAUCAUGUAGACCAAAGUGCUUCACUAUUUCUGCUCUACGUUAAAGUGUUAGAUUGGUGAUUUUAUAUAACUGACUUAUUUCAAACUCUAAUUGAAACAGUAUGUUUAAAAUAAUAACAUGGUUGUAUUUCUCAUAGGAUAAAACAUUCAAUUCCAGAAUAUUGUUAGGAUCCUGAUGAUGAACAUUGUGCUGUAUUUAGGAACAUGGCCUCAUCUGUUUUAAACAAAGAAACAAACAAAAAAUGUGGGAGACUGCCCAUCGCUGAGCACGACAGAAAUACCCAGCUGAGAGUAGGCUUAGAUAACUACCGUUAAAAAACACGGGAUGCACUAUUCUUAUGUAUAAAAUUUAUGGUUAUUUUCUAUAUCACCCUUCAAAGGGGAUCUAUUCAGGUUAAAAAUCAUGUCUAUGCUGAAGUCUUUAUCUGGUGUUAAUUCAUAAUCUCAAAUGUGUUCAUAACUGAAGUUGCUAAUAAUUAUCACAACAAUUCAAAAUUUCAAAAGAAUUUGAUUUGCUUUCUUAAUUAUUGUGCAGGCUAACCCUUGAACUAUGUUUUAAAUAACAUCCAAUAAAUCUAUAUAGUUCUGUGACUUUAUGCUUUACUUAAAAGGGAAAAUUCAUAGAUGUUUCUAUUAGAUUUUAUAAACCUCAAAAUUCUCAAACUUUAUCUUGAGUCAAAAUUUUCUGACUCUGGCCCUUUUUAAUAUUAUAGAUUUUUGUUCAUAUUCUUAAGUAAAAAGCAUUCAAUUACUACUUAGCCUUUAAAUGGGAAACUCAGGUAACUGAACUGCUGACUUUUCUGAAGUUCUUUAACAGAUAAACUUCAUAUAAAGGGGUGUUUACCUAAUCUUUUUUUGUAUUUUACAAGUGCAAUUGCUAAAAAAGAACAGCUAGCUCUAUUUCUCCACCCCUAUAGGAUUCAUGGGAAACUGCUCAUGUCGCUUUAACUUACCUGUGUACUCAUAACUCCUAUGGCUGCUUGAAGCCCUUAACAGGCACGCUAUUUGGUUUUAAUGGGUAAGUGUAGAACGGUCUGGCUGAUGGUCUGGUUGAAACAGAGCAUAUACGUACAUCCCAGUGGAACUUGGGAAAGAAGACCACACCUCCGAAAAGUAGUUACGUGUUUUUAUUUUGUUUUUAACAAUAAUUUUAAUAUAAAGGUUCUUCAUCCAGUGAAACCUGUUGGUUACAAUUGUAAAUUUUUUUUAUUGUUCACCCACCAUUUUUCCUGCCACACAUUCCUCAUAUAGCUAUUGUAAUGGGUUCUAACAAUUUGCAUGGCAUCCUGCUUUUUCAAAGGCAUGGGAAAGAUGCUUGCUGUGGGUGUUUUGUUCAUUUACAGGUGGCUCCUUGCCUGGUGCUCAAGCCAUCUUUGUUAGAGAGGGGCCUACACAACCUGGCAUCUUCUUUGGGUUACUUGGGAUAAGAGAAGCUCAAGUUCUUGCAAUGCAAUCUCUGACACUAAGAAAGAAGACAAAAUCUUUACAUCUCUCGUUGCCGUCUCCCCCAAGGGAAGUUUGCUCAUUUUCCUAAUUCUAUAAAAAAAAUUCAUUUUAAGUAGUUUAUUUUACUCUCUGAUUUCAUACUAAAUACCUGAUCAAUAGUAGUGACAUAUUUACUUAAAGUGAACAUUUCAUGGUACAUCUUUAGGAAAACUGUCAGCAGUACUCAGUAGUGAACAGAUAAAUUUCAGUAUAAUUUCAGUUUGUGUUUAGAGACUAAAAGAAGAUCCACUUCACAUUCUCUUAUUUAUACAGUGAUUAUGUUACUCAAACAGUUCACAUUUGGGUAGGAUCUCAGCAACUCAGGGUAGGGUUCCAUGCUAACCCCAACUUAGCAAAACAGCACAGUUCUUCAUGAGGAGGAUGCCUCAAAGGUCUGCAAGGUUUUCUCACCUUUCCUUGCCUAUUUAGACACAAGGUAAGAAAUUUUGGAUGGUCAACCAGAACUGCCACUGAUUUUUCAGAGUUAGGCCUCAAUGACAUGCUUCUAAUACAGUGUUAUACUAGCCUUCCAAACUAGGGAUCCACUCAUAUCACAUUUUCCCAAGCCAUUUACUGAUUGAUACAAGUAACAUCCUUAAAAGUUCAUUUUGGAAAGAAAGGAGAGGGUCUCCUCUCACCCCAAGGAAUUUUUUUUUUAAUCAAAAGACCUUUUGAAAAGGGUUAUGUAACUUGAAACUUAAUUUCUGGGCCAUAUUAAAUAACAGUUCUUAUUCAUGGUUUUUAAUGUGGUAUAAAUAUGUUUUCUGCUAAAUACCAUUCCCCCUCCCACCUGAUUCUGCCUCUUUAAUGAAAUAUUUUUAAUUAAUUUUCCCUCUGCCUCUUGUAUUCUGUCACUGUCUCUGUGUGUUCAGAUUGUGUCAAAUGCUGGCAAAACCUCUAAGACCAUCAAGAAAAAUGCCUGAAAGUUGAUUUGUCAUCGUGCAAAUUCAUGAUAAAAUGUCUUAAUGUUAUCUGGCUAUGUAGUACAUAGGAAGAGGAAAUAAAUAAAGUCACUUUUGUAAUUUAAAA